UCUAACAUGGCCCUGGCAGGAAAUGCUCCAAGGAUGGUUGUUGCUCCCAGUUCCAUUUGGAAUGGCCCUCUAUCAGCUCCACUGCCAAAACCAACUUUUCAUCUGAUAUUUCUGAAAGGACAACCAAAGGCUCUUGGGAUAAGUCAGAUUUUGAUGGCCUACCUGCAAGUUGCAUUUGGGAUUGUGCUGGUGUUCACGGAUUCUGUUUACCUGCAGAGUAUAUCAGUGCAAAUUGCAAUCCCCUUUUGGGCAGCUGUGGCAUAUAUUUUCUCUGGGUCCAUGUGCAUUGCAGCAGAAAAGAGUGAAUCACGCUGUCUGGUUGGAACUAGCUUGGCCCUGAACAUUAUCAGUGCAGUGAUAUCCGCGGUGGAGAUUGUGAUUCUUUUAGUGGAUGUGGUCAUGAAUGGAUAUUCCACCUGCUAUGACGCCUGCGCUACAAUAUGGGCUGUUAGAGAGACAAUUUUCAUAUCACUGAUCAUAGCAACCAUGCUACAGCUGUGUUUGUCCAUCUCCAUCUCAUCAUUUGGAUGUAGCUCAAUGAUUGGAAAUUCUAUUCCACAGCAGCAGGUGUUUGUGAUCGGGAAUAGUGGCCUGGAAAGAAAUGUACAUCCAACUGCUCCCAACCAAGGAAUGGCUAUUUCUCCUACAGUGAACCCAGCUCCUCAGUACCCCAUGUUUCCUUCCAAUUAUCAGAACUAGAUGGAUCGCAUUAUUCCCAUUAACAACACCCCACAGAAAAAAACUUGAGGAAAUGGCAGCUAAAGCUAAAGCAGAGUAAACCAAUUUUUUCCCGAAAAUGUCAGUAUAAAUGAAUGUCUACCCAGCAGCACCUUAAAAUAUAGUUUAUUCUUAACCACUUAAAUUCCGGGCAUUUUCACCCCCUUCCUGCCCAGACCAAUUUUUAGUUUUCAGC